AUGUUGGGAUGGGCUCAUGCCUGUUCCCGCCUUGCUGCUUGGCUGAGCCGUGGUGGGACACCUCACGUCUGUUUGUCUUGCACUGUAUCGAUCCCCCCCUAUCAGCCGCUGUCGGACGAGGAGAGUCCACAGCCAUGGCAGCGCCGUCACCAAGCAACCUCUAGUGCAGCCACGCGUCAACCCUACACCGCUCGCAUCCCGCUCAAUUUUUCGGAUGAGGAUGAGGAUGAGGACGAGUCAGCCCUGGGGCGCGAAGACUCGGCAGCCACCGGUCGCUCCCGCUGGCUGCGACCCAAAACCAACCUGGCCGCAACUGCCCCUGUACCCAAGACCACCGGCGUCGCUGCUCGAGGAUUGGGUGGUGCCUCGCGCCUGUCAGCUUCUGUCAAGCCAAGCGCGGGGGCCGGGGCACACCUCAGCGCUUCGCUUCACGGGCGCAGCAAGCCCGGGGGCUAUUUGAACAUGUCCGACACCUUCACCAGCUUGGGCUCAACCGUGAGCAGCGCCCAGCUGGAGGAUGAGCCCACCGAGAGCAGCACGUCAGCGGAUCAAGAUCGCAAUGCUCACCUCAGCUCCCGACAGCACCCGCUAAAGUCGCACAUUGCAAGCUCAGGCACCAUCCUUCGUGCACCAAGUGCCACCGCCCACAGCAGCGUGGCUGAUGAAAUUGCUGCACUUCUCGCUGGUGCCACCGACCCUGCGCCGCGCGGCGCCAGCGAUCCGAUUGCCGAAGAACCCGAGUCUGAGGAGUCUGCUCCCAUCGGUCACGUGCAAGUGCGCACUCACACACCUCCGAGCGAACGGAAUGCGUCGGACGACUUUGCCAGCCUUGACGAUGAUAGCGAUCAAAAUAGCAGCCCUGACAGAAGCCACCGUGAAGCCAGUCACGACCGUGGCGACCGCAGCGUGAGCAAGGACUUUGCAAAUGAGCAUGACCAUGACCAUGACCAUGACCAUGACCAUGACCAUGACCAUGACCAUGACCAUGACCAUGACCAUGACCAUGACCAUGAUGAUGAUGAACAAGAAGAACAAAAAGAACAAGAAGAAGAAAACACCAAGGGCCAGGAGACGGAGAAUCAAGAAUCUAACGAGCACGACCGUACGGACAGCGCAAGCGCUGACACCGAGGAUGAGUUGAGCGGCAACGAGGAGCCAAGUGACCACGCAAUCGCAGAACCUGCAACCGCCAUCGGCGCCUUGGCUGCCUCCAAACCCUCGCGAUUAGAUGCUGACUCUUUGGACGGUAGUUUGAUGAGUUCCUUGCGCCCAACCCUGGCACUAUUGCGCGAGGAGACCGAACACGCCCCUGUCUCCCCCGCUCGCGCGACGACGGGCACUGCUGUUGAGGCGGACAACAGCGUGGCACGUGACCAAAAACAAGCGAAUAGUGACGACGAAACGCCUUACCCCAUUUCUGGGGCCCAGAACAAGCCCGAACCAACCCCCGUGCCUGCCCCGCGGCCUGCUAUCGUCUCUGCCAGUGCUGCCCUCACUUCUGCAAAAACACAAAACUUUGAUGAUUUCAUGGCUGAUUUUGACUCGACGAUCAAUUCGGCUUUGGAAGCGAAUGCUGAUGCUUUGGACAGCUCCAUGGCUGGACGGCACCUCCAAGACGAUGCAGGCGCAGACAGCGAGGCUGGCACGGACGAGGGAGAUGACGCUGAGACUCAAGACAACCACACGGAUCAUGUCGCAGCCAAAACAAAGAGUGCGCUUGCUCAUUCAUCGAGCUUGGCCCCCCAGGCCUUGCCGGCAUCUUUAUUGGACACAGCAAGCUCGCGACCAACCACCAGCGGUAGUGUGAGCAGUCGCAUACCGCGCCCCGCUGUUCAAACCACCUCGGCCCCGACCGCUGCCGGGAUGAACCCCACAGGUGCUGCCACUGCCGCCACUGCCAAAGGGGUCCCACCCUUGUCGUCACGAGCCCACCAACACCACAGCGCGUUACAGGAGCAGCUGGCCAAGCGCCUGGAUGCCUGGCAGGCUGAUGGCACUGAGCACGGCCUCGAACAGGUGACAACAGCAGCAACCGAAACCGCGGCACUACGCGACACCGUGGCUCAGCAAGAAAUGAUGCUCAAGCUCUUGAAUCAGGAAAAUGAGCAGCUGAUGAAGCGCGUACGCGCCAUGGAAACAGUGGAGGGCGGCCAGGCUGCUGACUUGCAGACACUCCUGGCUGAACUGCGACGCGAAAAUUUUGUUCUUCGAGCUCAAGUCGAAGAUACAGACGAGCGCACCCGCACGCGUGGCACGAUUAGCGAUGAGCGGCUGCAAGACCUCGAGCGCCGUCUACAAGCGGAGCAGGCGGCCCAUGCAACGACCAAAGAGCAGCAUCGCGGUGCCUUGGCUGAGCUGCGCACCGAGCUACAAGGCACGAUUGCUCGCCAGGACGCUCUGCUCACGCGGCGCAACGAGGAGGUGCGCCGAUUGAAGGAACAACUUGAACAGACGCUAGCCGCUAUGGAGGAGCUACGGGCCGAAGCACGUCAGGCACAAGCUAAUCUGGCAGAGCGUCAGCAAGAUUGUGAAGCCUUGCAAGCCAUGCUCACCGAAGUUCGUUCAGGCAAGGCUGCCCUGGCUGCGGCCCACAAGCCCAAGGAAGAUAGCGUAGCGUCCUUACUCAAGCCCGACGAAGAAGUUACCGUUGUGCAGCUACGCAGUGCGCUUGCUGCACGAGACCGCGAUCUUAAACAGCUGCAGGCUGACUACGAUCAGGCCAUGGCUGGGCAUCGGGAACAGUUGGAGCAGCUUCGCUUAGAGUACGCCAGCAUUAAGACAGGAUUUGAAGCUCGUCUUAAAGAGACACGACGCGAGCUUGAAGCCGCCAAGCAAGAGCACCGCCCCUACUCCAGGGCCAAGGAACUUCAAACCGAACUUGAGGCGUUGCAAGCUCGCUAUGCACAGCUAAAAAAACGGCUGGGUGCCCCUGAGGCCGAUGCGCCCGGGGAGGGAGCGGCACCAUCGCCGCGACCGGAUAGCACCGGACACAGCACGCACUCUGUGCAGCAAGUACUACAGCUCGAGCGCGAGCAUGCCGUCCUCACAGAGAAAGUAGCGGCUAUGCAAGCGGCUUCCAGCAAGUUACAAGAGCGGGUAGAAAUAACGGCUGAAGAAUUACGUCAGGUCCAACUCGAACGUGACGAUGUCCAGGGGCGGCUUGACGCUGCGGUCCGACUAUCUGAGGCAAACCGUUUGGAACGCGUCCGCAUUGAGGCAGCCUUAACGGAGCUCAAAGAGAGUUCACAGACUGCCCUAAAGGCUCGCGAGCAGCGCCUGCGGUCGCUAGAACAGAGCACGCAGCUGCUCGAGGCCGAGGCUGCCUCGUACCGCGAACACAUCAAACGCUUGGAGGCGCGAGUGGCCGAGGCGCCUUCCUUGGAAAAGGUUGUCGAGUAUGAACGCCAAUUGCGGGAGCUCGAGGCUAGCAAGCACGCCCUGCAACUAGAACUCGACCAGGCUCAGCAAUUCCAAAGCCCCACCAUGCAACACUUUAACCUGUUGCAGCGUCGCAUUGCUCAGCUUGAGGCCCAGCAGCGCGAACGGGAGCGUCAGAUGAAACACCUCUUGACAGAACAGCUCCAGCGCUCGGAUUUAGACAAAGAAACGGUCGAAAGCAAAUGGCGCCAGCGACUGGCCGAUGAGGGCCUUAAAGUGUUGCGGCUGGAAGAAGAGGUGAAACAGUUGCUCGUGGCUUUGCAGGACCUGCGCCGACGUCCAAAGCACCCGCAGUGA